AUGGCGUCGCGGGUUCACUGCCCGAGGCUAGCGCCCCCUACCGGCGGCACCUACAACUGCUUCGUGGACAUGCACGGCACCCACACUUGCAGCGCCACCUGUCUGCCGGGUCUGGUAUUCCAGUCCCCGGCGCCCACCCUGGUGUGCACGCCUGCAGACGGCGUGUGGGCCCCUACCGAUCGCUUUCCGAACUGCAUCCGUGAGAACACUGCCGGCUCCUGCCCGGUUCUACUAGCACCAGUGUACGGUGGCUACUCCUGCAGAAUGGAUUCUAGUGGAGUGAAGACCUGUACCGGAUCGUGUGUGGGCGGCUACGAGUUUGAUUCACCGGAGACCACGUUGACUUGCGAUGGUAGCGUCGGUACCUGGACACCUAGCGAUCAGUUCCCCAACUGCAGACCGUCGACCAGGGCAAGAAGUUCACCUCAAGGCACCACCCAGUGUGCCCCAAUUUCGCCACCGAUGGCAGGCUCCUACAGUUGCAUGACGGAUCACCUGGGCAGAAUGACCUGCACUCCCAGCUGUAUGGACGGGUUUGAGUUCGAGAGCCCCCCGGCUGCCGAGUACGUCUGCACAAACGGAGCCUGGUCCCCGCCAGGACCCUACCCCAACUGCGUCUUCGCGGGUCAGAAGUGUGAGAAGAUCCCACCUCCCAUCUGGGGCUCUUACUACUGCCAGACGGACCACACCGGCACGGAAAGGUGCUACCCGUCCUGUAUGCAGGGUUACGAGUUCGAGUCUCCUCCUGCUGCGGAGUACGUCUGUGUCAACGGGCAGUUCUCCCCACCCGGACCGUACCCCAACUGUAGGACGUCAGAGGAGGUUUCAGUCCCACAGGUUACAGACCCAGAGGUUUCAGCCCCAGAAGUUCCCGUUUCUGCCCAAGAGUGUCCCAAGCUUCACGCCCCCGCGCACGGGUCUCUCUCCUGCCGAACCGACCAGCUCGGCAUCCAGACCUGCUUCCCCGCGUGUGACGCAGGCUACAGCUUCCAGACCGCGCCGGCAGCCGAGUACAUUUGUCUGAACGGGCAGUGGGCCCCGCCCGGACCCGUGCCCAACUGCGUACCGGCUCCACAGGACACAGACCCAGAGGUUUCCGGGUCAGAAGUUCCCGUUUCUGCCGCAGCGUGUCCCAAGCUUCACGCCCCCGCGCACGGGUCUCUCUCCUGCCGAACCGACCAGCUCGGCAUCCAGACCUGCUUCCCCGCGUGUGACGCAGGCUACAGCUUCCAGACCGCGCCGGCAGCUGAGUACAUUUGUCUGAACGGGCAGUGGGUCCCGCCCGGACCCGUGCCCAACUGCGUACCGGAUACCACCUCAACCACCACAACUGUCAAGCCUACAUCCGCACCUGUUCAGCCUGGUACGUAA